UAUUAACCGUGGCCGUAACUCCAGGUGUAGAGACGCAAAUGGUAAGGAAGCGAUUAGCUAGGGGGGUAACUCAGCCCGGCACAACACCUGUAGCUUGACGCUUGUAGCUAGCUCGUAGCUCCGGGUGAAUCAGCGGUAAACCGAACUAAAAGCGCCAGUUAGGACGCCCAGUUUGGGAUUUUGUUUCCGGGAAGCGACUUUUCCCGGUGUUACCUGAACAAGCAGGAGCGCCAUGACGGUCCGCUUCAAGAGUCAGAGCGAGUACCAGAAGAGCUACGGUGUCCCUCGCUCCAGAAGCGUGUCGCCUCAGCGCUGCCGCCCGCUGGCCGGAUUCUGCCCUGAUCAGAACCGCAUCAGCAGACCUCUGGGUCUCCAACCACUGAAGAGACCCGGUCCGGCCGAGUCCGGUGACUUCCUGCCUGGUUCUCCAGCAGCUCCAGUUUGCAGAACAGCACCCUCUACUGGCAGGAAAGAUUCUCCAGUUUCUAAACCACCAAAUGCUUCUGGAUCGGAACCAGAACCUGGAUCCAGACCAGUAGCUGAUGGAACAUCCGUGAAGCUCCGCCCCUUUGAGCCCGGCGGACCUGCAGAACCGGAGCAGCAGCCGGGAAACCAGGUCGGCAAGGCAUGGGGUCAGAGGUCAGAGUACCACAGGCAGUUUGGCUGGAAGAAGCCCGUACCUGCAGCGUCGCCAUUACUGACAGCAGAGCAGGUGUUGCACUCCAGCAGCAGGUCCAUCCCUCCCUUUAAGAAGAACCCCGUUCCCAUGGAAACGGAGUACCGCCGGAGCUUCCAGGGUCUGGCCCCGCCUUCCGGUCUACGCCUUCGGAGAAAUCUGGGACAUCCGGUGUUUCACACAUACAGAACUCACAGAAGGAAAAGUUUGGAUGGACAGAACAACAAACUUCCUGUCAAACAGGAAACCACUCAGGGCGACGGUGGGUCCCGGUUGCCCCUGACGACGGCCCUUCUGCCCGCUCAGGUGCGGAGGAGACACAGGAUGUUGACUGAGUAUCAGUCCAGCUUUCGUUCUCCUCUCUGCAGGAACCCAAAAGGGGGCGGAGCCACGGACGACUUCACCGAGCAGGUGAAGGAGCGCAGGCAGCAGGCCCAGGCGUACCGACGCAGAGCCUGGGGAACCAACUUCUCCAGGGACCAUCUGAGCCAGCUGCUGUCCGAACACAACGCUCUGUGGGAGCCCACCGACUCCCACUCAGACCCCUCCACCCCACCACCCAACCGUGACCUUUCACCUGAGCCGGACAGCCGCAGCGCCUCCUGCGUAGAAGCCCUGGACCUGGCCAGUAUGUCCAGUAGGAGGUCGUCGGUCAGUGGAGGAAAAACUCAGAGAAACGCUGGGAGGGAAACGCCUCCAGGACCCGGAGCUGAACGCCACGCAGCCUGGGCAGAAGAAGAAGAAGAGACAGAGGAAGAGGAGGGAAGGUUACCGACUCCCAGACUGAAAACGAGGCCGGUUCAGAGGACCCACCACGACCUGACCACACCUGCCACAGGGGGAGCUAUACUUGUUGGAAAGCAGACCAACAGGGAUGAUUCUUCUCCUAUCAAACAAAAACCGAAAUUCGCUUCACCAGAAUUUGGGUCAGAGGUCAGCAUCAACAAGCCGGUCAAACUGAAGGAGGCGUGGCCAGAGAACACCCCCAUGUCUUUAAACCCCCCUCCUACCAACAAACAAACCCCCAGCCCUCAGCCUCAACCAAUCAGGACGAAGCAGGCGCCUCCUUCUCCAGUAGCCCCGCCCCCUCUGGGCUCCCCGCCGCAGCAUGGGAUCCAGGGAAUGCUGAGACACCCGGACUUCCAGCACAACGGUGAUUUGGGUUUGAGGUUCAGGGAGCUGCCAUGUUCCAGAGGAGGCUGCGGUUCUGAUGAAGACGACCGACUGUCAGUGAUGUCAUGGCGCUCGGCGGCUUCGUGCUCGGCAGCGUCCGCCGUCCUGGAGCGCGCUCAGAAGAGACGGGAAGACUUCUGGGGAAAGAGAUGACGCCGUAAACUCAAACGUUGUAGACAGUAGAGAUCUUUAUUUUUGUAGCAGAUGUAAAUUAUGUUUAACAGAAUUGUUUUUAUCUUAAGUGAACAUGAUAAGUUUUAAAGCAGAAGCCAGAAGGACUUCUCUUGUUUUUACACCCAAGGUGUUUAGUUUGUGUAAAACUGCUUCCUGUCUUGGUGCGACUCGGUUGCAGGAACCGGACCAAAGCAAACUGGAGCAGUUUGUUUGUAGUGAGAAUGUAAUCCAGAGUUUGGUAGUAACUGCACUGCAAAAGCACAAAACAUUACCAAGUAGUUUUUGUCUAAUUUCUAGUGCAAAUAUCUUAGUACACCUGGGAAAAAAUGUCUUGUUACAGUAAGUGAAAUUAUCCGUCAGUGGAACAAAUAAUUUUUCUUAAAUUAUAAGGAAUCAUUUACUUAAAAUAAACUCCAAUUUCUUGUAUUUGUAAGUUAGUUUUAUCUGUUUAGAAAUAUUUAGAAACUUAACCAAAGUUACUUGGUAAGAUUUUUGCAGUGUACCAAAAUUUACUUUGUUGAGAUGAGUGUUUUUAUAUUUUAUCAUGAUGUAUCGCUACUUUAAAUGAGUAAAAGCAUCUGUAACUUCACUGAAUGAAAAAUAAACUUGUUUUAAUCAAAAAUUCACCAAAUACAGACAAACAUGCAGCUUUUCUUAAUGUUUAACGAGUUUUAAAUCACAAGAAUUUGAUUUGGAAAGAAAAUCAUUUGUCUGAUUUUGUUAUUAUGCUAUAAUAUAUGAUGAUAUAUAAUAUAUGAACUAUUUUCAUUAUUUUGACCAUUUGAAAUCCCAGAAUUUCCACAAGUUUUAAUCAUUUAAUAUGAUUUAAAAAGUAAAAAAGACCUUUUUUACUCUGAGUUAUUUCAUGGACGGCUACUUUUUACUUUUACUUGAGUAAAAACAUGUCGCAGUAACGAACAACCAAUAAACUCAGCUGAUUUGAGCCAAUAGGUGUGAAAACGACAGAAAGCACUUAUGAAUGUGAUACAUUUGUUUGUGUUGAACCUCCUACAUGCUAACAAUCUCCUGAUUUGUUUCAAUUAUUCAAUUUCUUCUAUUUUCUAGAUUUGCAGAUUUGUUUCUUGGCUCCUGACAAUUAUUUGUAAUGAUUUUCUUUUCCGUUCAGGUUAAUUGAUUGUAAUGUAAAGGGGAAAAUGUAGUGCAAAAAAAGAAGGAAAAUUACUCAAUUAAAUUUUGUUUUUUUUAAUCAA